AUGGCGGCGGCCGUUGACGAGGAUGUUCUGCGACGACCCCUCUAUGUCUACGACCUUCCGAGCAAAGUACUGGACAGCCUGACUGCCAGGGAGGAUUCAGGCACCGCUCUCCUUGGGACGGAAGAAGCAACGCCAUCGCCAAGUGGCAAGGGCCUCGAUCGCCAUGCAUCGCCCGUGGAAACCGUCGUUGGCUCGCUAGCUUGUUCGCUGUGCCGACAGGCUUUCGCGUCACUGCCAGACCAGCGCAGCCACUUGAAGUCGGAUUUUCACCACUACAACCUGAAGCUGAAGACGCGCAACCAGAAGCCGGUUUCUGAACAGGAAUUCGAGAAGCUCGUCGGAGACCUUGAUGAAUCCCUGUCUGGCUCUGCUUCGGAAGACUCGGAUGAUGAUGAUGAUGAUGACGACGACGGCAACGACAACAACGACAACGACAACGACAACCACCAUGGGAAGCAAGACUCCGUAUUGGCGACACUUUUGAAAAGACAAGCCCGAUUAGCUGACCAGGACAAACGCGCCACGCCGAACCACGGCGCUCAAAAGGAGGGCUCGGAGGAUGCAGGCUCGGAGCGGCGCCGCCGCGCCAAGCCGCUGCUCAUCUGGUUUCAUUCUCCACUCUUGCCGGAACACUCCUGCUUCGGCAUGUACAGCGCAUUGUUGACGGACGAGCAACAGAGAGAAUCGGACGCUGUCGAGGUGCUGCGGAGGAAGCAGCUAGAGCCCGUCUCGCCGUCCAGACCUGCCAAGGACGGCGGCAUUGGACCCCUUGCCGCCUACAAGGGACCUCACGUUUUCCUCUGCAUGAUCGGGGGCGGGCAUUUUGCGGCCAUGGUCGUCUCCUUGGCUCCCAGAGCCUCCAAGGGCAAUACGGCCAUGAACCGAGAAGCUACCGUGUUGGCUCACAAGACUUUCCACAGAUACACGACGCGGAGGAAGCAAGGUGGGUCGCAGUCUGCAAAUGACAAUGCCAAGGGAGCUGCACACUCGGCCGGCUCUACGCUGCGGCGAUACAACGAGCAAGCUCUUGUCGACGAGGUACGCGCGUUACUUCGCGACUGGAAAGGUCUACUGGAUACAUCCGAGCUGCUGUUCAUUCGGGCCACGGGCAACGCGAAUCGCAGAACGUUGUUUGGUCCGUACGAAGGUCAGGUCCUGCAACCAAAGGACAUUAGACUCCGUGGAUUCCCCUUCAGCACGCGCCGCCCUACGCAGAAUGAGCUGAUGAGGUCCUUUGUCGAACUUACCAGACUCAAGGUCAGGGAGGUCCAACCCCCCCAGGUCAAGGAAGCCAAGGAGGAGCCGUCGAAGCCGGCACCCUCGAGGUCUGGCAGACCUAGUCAGGCCAAGGCCCAACUAUCAGAGGAGGAAGAGACUGCCUUGCUGCACACCUCGCAACUUCAAGGGUUUAUUCGACGAUCCAAGGUUCCCGCCCUACUGUCGUACCUCCAGAACAACAACCUGAGCGCCGACUUUGAGUUCCAACCCCGCGAUCAAAACCAUCACGCUCCCCGACCCCUUCACCUGGCCGCCUCGCAAAACUCGGCACCACUUGUUCUAGGUCUUUUGACCAAGGGCGGAGCGGACCCGACCGUGGAGAACGGCGACGGCAAGACGGCGUUUGAGCUGGCGGGCGACAGGGGCACUCGCGAUGCCUUCCGGGUGGGCCGGUCGGAACUGGGAGAGGCCAGGUGGGACUGGGACGGAGCAAGAGUGCCAGCAGCCAUGACGAAGGCUGAGUCUCUUCAAAGAGACCAGCGGGAAAAGGCCGAAGGCGAAAGAAGGGAAGCUGAGAGGAGAAGGGCAGAGGAGGAGCGGCUACGCCUCGAAGCGACCCCUCCCCAGGAGGUGGGGGAAAAGCCCAAGGGCACCGCACUCCUGAAGUCCAUGGCAAAGUCUCCUGAACAGCUGAGGGAGGAAGAGUUGCGAGGACUGUCUCCGGAGAUGAGGAUGGGGCUGGAGAGAGAGCGACGCGCGAGGGCGGCCGAAGAGCGGCUACGAAAGAUGAAGGCUGGUGGGUAG